AUGCAAUUGGUCGUAAUUGUGUGUUGUAACGGUUACAGUUUACGAACGCUUUGCCGUGCACUCACAUUGGCAUCAACAGAUUUAUUCGGUGGAGAACAGAGGUGUUUGGUGGAAUCCAUUUCGUUGUCGUUCAUCAGUGAUCUGGAUUCAGAGAACCGUAUAAAAGUGGAAAAAAUGAUCGCAAAAUGUAUUGGGAAAGUAUCCGCUUCUUCGGGUCAAAUCCCGAAGCCUGUAGUGCCAUCACCGAAUGGACGUGAUUUUGUACGCGUGGAAGGGUACUGGCUGGAAACGGGUACAACUGAACCCAAAGAUGAUCCACAGUAUGUUUGUACGAAAUCAGUUCGGAGGCAUCUGGCAGAUUUGGCUCGAAUUGUUUGCAGUGGUCGAUAUCCGAUUCUGCUCGAA